AUGCUCCGACCCUCAACACAGAGGUAUUCAGUGACCAGAGCGCUCUACUCAGAAGACACCUUUGAGGAUGAACAUGCAAAAGUCUAUCGGCAACACAAGAGAUUCCUGCACCAUGUUAUACAGUGCUUCACUUGUACUUCCGAACGUGCAAAGAACACUGCUAUUUCUCUGCUGCCUAUCAUUGGAUGGAUGAAAACCUACUCAAUCAAAGGCUGGCUGCUGAAUGACAUCUUGUCUGGCAUCAGCACUGGAUUGGUUGCCGUGCUACAAGGGCUAGCCUUCAGUUUGCUGGCAUCCAUCUCUACCUGGUAUGGACUGUAUGCUGCUUUUUUCCCAGUCAUCAUGUAUUUUUUCCUGGGCACCUCACGACACAUUUCUGUGGGAUCUUUCCCUGUAUUGAGUCUCAUGGUGGGGGCAGUAGUGACCAGAUUGGUGCCCGAUGAGGGUCCGCCUGCAAACAUCACUGCUUUUGAGGGCCUGACGAAAGAAGAACAGAGAAUCUUAGUGUCUGCCUCCCUCACCUUCCUAGUGGGUUUAUUCCAGCUUGGUAUGGGGCUGCUGCAGGUGGGCUUCAUUGUCAUGUACCUUUCAGAUACUCUGAUAUCAGGAUUCACCACCGCAGCUGCUGUUCACAUCCUGGUUUCGCAGCUCAAGUUUAUACUAGGACUGACUGUGCCGGGUUUCAGUGGACCACUAUCCAUUAUAUAUACUCUUGAGAGUGCAUUUACCCAGAUCACCUCCACUAAUAUCCACGAUCUGGUGACUUCAAUUGUGGUGAUGGUGACGGUGUUGGGCAUAAAGGAGAUCAACGACAGAUUUAAGUCAAAGUUACCAGUGCCCAUCCCCAUAGAAAUCAUUAUGACCGUAAUAGCAUGUGGCGUCUCCUAUGCAUUCAACUUCAGUGAAAAUCACGGAGUGGAUGUGGUGGGGAAAAUUCCAAACACGUUUGAGUCCCCAAUCACUCCCAGCCUGCAGGUUUUCCAGAUGACAGCAGUGGAGGCUUUCCCAAUAGCUAUUGUGGGAUUUGCCGUGGCUUUUGCAGUGGCUAAAGUCUAUUCUGUAAAGCAUGACUACGUUAUAGAUGGAAAUCAAGAACUCAUUGCCUUUGGGGCAAGCAACAUCUUUGGAGGAGCGUUUAAGUCUCUGGCAGCCAGCACGGCUCUCUCCAGAAGUGCAGUUCAAGAAAGCACUGGAGGAAAAACACAGGUAGCUGGUUUACUCUCGGCCAUUAUCGUGCUGGUGGUAAUCUUGGGGAUAGGGUUUUUGUUGGAACCUCUACCAAAGUCAGUGCUGGGCGCAGUGGUGAUUGUGAACCUGAAGGGGAUGUUGAUGCAGGUGGUUACAGUCCUUUACCUGUGGAAGAAAGACCGUCCUGACUGCAUUGUUUGGAUGGGGACCUGUUUGGCAGCUAUAUUCUUGGGGCUGGACUUAGGACUUGCUGUUGGUCUUGGACUGGAGCUCCUCACUGUGGUCUUCAGGGCUCAGUUUCCACGCUGCUGUGUCCUGGCUAAUAUCUCAGGGACAGAUAUCUACAGAGAUCGCAAGGACUAUGUCAAUAUUUACGAACCUGAUGGAGUGAAAAUAUUCAAAAUUCCCUCACCCAUCUUCUUUGCCAAUAUCGAUUUCUUCAAAGACAAACUGGUCCAAGCAGUGGGUUUUAGUCCCCUAAAAGUGUUGAAGAAAAGGAACAAAGCUCUGCGAAAGAUCAGAAAAAUGUUGCGUAAUGGGGAACUGGAGGUUUCAUCUAGAGGCCUAAAGGUGCGACAACCAUCAGUUGACACUUCAGAGGACGACAACAGCGUGGAGGGUCUGGACCAGCCCACUGAUUUCUCUGGCCUUCCAAUCCAGGUGAACUGGAGCACAGAAUUGCCUGCCAACAUCUCUGUCCCUCCCGUGAACAUCCACAGUUUGGUCCUGGACUUCUCUGCUGUCUCAUUUCUCGAUAUAUCUGCUCUCAAGGGUCUUAAAGCGACCCUGAAAGAGUUUAUACGAAUCGAGGUUGACGUCUACAUAGUUUCGUGUGAUGUGUACAUCAUGGAGCAACUUCAACGAUGUUCAUUUUUUGAUGACGAGAUUAAGACGUCCAUCUUUUAGCCCACACUACAUGAUGCCAUGUUGCACAUUCUGGAAAUGCAUCCAGAUCAUGGAGAACUAGAAAAGGAUCUAAACAUAAACUACGAAGUCAUUCAGAGAGACAGUAUAACUGUGUGA